UUGACAUCUGCAAACAAAAAGCAAUUGUCUGUGCCAAAUUAUAUUCUUAAAUAUAUUUUUUUUAUUUUAACAAUGCAAUUUUAGUGAGAAGUUUUAUUCCUUCUCGAGUUCCUUUGUCUAACAAAUUUUCACUGCAAAGCAGUAAUUGGAUAUUACCUUAACUUCAGCUGUGACAUGGGGCUCGGAACAUCCGAAAAGGAUGACCAGGAAAUACUCCUUUACCUUCGUAAGCGUCCUGAAUAUAAACGUAACACUCUCACACUGCCAUUGGAUGAUGGUUCAAACGGACCACAUAAUGCUCUUAAAAUCCUACUACAAGUCAGGCACCUUAGUUCCCACUGAUUUGAUGCAGACUGAGGGUGCUUCAUAUCUCAUAGUGAUGUGCUUAUCAGGAUGUCUUUUACCAAUAGAUUAGACACGGGCGGAUGAUGCACUUCUCCAUCUCAUAGAUGAGAGAGAAUAACGCGUAGAUUAUCAAGGAGCAGCGGGUCAUGUUGCCAUGGUUACAAGGUGAGAUACAAUGGGUUUUCCCAGUGUCAUUUUUCUCAUAAUGCAUUAAGGAAGGACUGUGGCUUUUACAACAUUUGAUACUUCUUUCUCUCAUACAUUUUAGUGUUAAGGUGGCAGAAUAACCAUGGGAGACUGGAAUUUCCUUGGAGGCAUUUUAGAGGAGGUCCACAUUCAUUCCACUAUUAUUGGAAAGAUUUGGCUAACGAUCCUCUUCAUAUUUCGAAUGCUCGUCCUCGGAGUGGCAACUGAGGAUGUUUGGAAUGAUGAACAAUCAGAAUUUAUAUGCAAUACUGAGCAACCUGGGUGCAGAAAUGUGUGCUAUGAUGAGGCCUUUCCCAUCUCUCUCAUAAGAUACUGGGUCUUGCAAGUUAUAUUUGUGUCUUCCCCUUCCUUGGUGUAUAUGGGUCAUGCCUUAUACAGACUAAGAGCCUUGGAAAAAGAGAGGCAAAAAAAGAAAGCUCAGGUAAGAGUGGAACUCGAAAGCACUGAAUUAGAAAUGACUGAAAAUCGGAAAAGGCUGGAGAGAGAACUCCGGCAAUUGGAUCAAAGAAAGCUAAACAAAGCACCCCUGCGAGGAUCUCUGCUCUGCACUUACGUGAUACAUAUUUUCACAAGAUCUGCAGUGGAAGUUGGUUUUAUGAUUGGGCAGUAUCUUCUUUAUGGCUUUCAUCUAGAUCCCCUUUAUAAAUGUCAGAGAGAUCCAUGUCCAAACACAGUUGACUGCUUUGUAUCUAGACCAACAGAAAAGACAGUUUUCAUAUUAUUCAUGCAAUCAAUAGCGACUGUAUCAUUGCUUUUAAAUAUCCUAGAAAUUAUCCACCUAGGAUUCCGAAAAAUUAAAAUGGGACUCUGUGGGCGGAAUAAAAACAAGGAUGACCCCGGCAAUUUCUACGUAAACAAAUCUAAGAAAUACUCUGUGACACCACACUCUUCUUUGGGAAUAUCCACCACCCCUCAAAAAACUCUUCCUUCUGCACUUAGCGGAUAUACCUUUUUAGUGGAAAAGCAGACUGACACUGCCAUCUACCCGGUUCUAAAUUCUCCUCCCAUGUUUCAGUCUGUGCAAAAUAACCGUACAGAAAGCAGCAGCAAUUACACCCAUCGCAAUCGGGAAAGUAAAUCACCAAAGAAGAGGCCAGCUACAAAUGCCUUAGACAAUCAGAUUCAAAAUACCAGCGCAAAUAAUAGCGAAGGCUUGCUUGGCAAGCUUGGGACUGAAGCUCAUGAUGCUCAGAAAGAAACCGAAAAGAAACAUUUUCUUGUUGGUACUCAGAAUGCAGAUAUAGCUUCAAGCACGUGCUUGAGAAGCUUUGCUGAAAUGCCAUGUCAAACUUCACUGCAACCCGAUACAACUUUUCCUAUUGCUGGUUUCAGAAGACAACAUGGAAUCGAUUUGUCUUGGAACUGCUCGGCAAUGAUUGAGAGUGCAGGAAUUUCAACAAAUUCUCUUCCAAAGAACAGCAACAGAAGACACAGCAGUUUCAGUGCAAACCAAGCCCAACAUCCUUACAAUGCUGAUGUAAAAACCUCUGGCCGACCAGACACUCCUGACUCUACAGGGGAGGUGAGCUCAGAAUCUAGACAAAGUAGAAACUGUGAUAGUCCUAAGCCUUUCUCUCUCUCUCGGCGACCGUCACUGUCAAGUAAUGCCAGCAGCAGGCGUGUCCCCACUGAUCUUCAGAUAUAG